GAAGUAAAGAAAAUUAUAAAAUGCCUUCGAAAAAAGUCAAGUCUGUUUCUUUUAGCGAUGUUAUGACCACAGAAGUAUAUCAGAAUGGUGAGACGUGUACUGUCAAAGAGAAUACAUUGAAGACAUCUGGUCUAUCAGACUAUGUCGUUGCACUUCGGCCUUGGUCGUUCACUGCUUCACUCACUCCAGUUGCUCUAGGAUCUGUAUUGGCAUACAAAAUGACUGGGGAUUUCAACAUAUGGAUAGUUAUUGUUACUUGUAUCACAGCACUAGCAGUCCAUGCAGCAGGAAAUCUGGUGAACACCUACUUUGACUAUGUUAAAGGGGUCGAUAGUAAGAAAAGUGAUGACAGAACAUUAGUUGAUCAUCUUUUAGCUCCUGAUGAAGUUGCACGCUUAGGAGGCAUUUUUUAUAUCAUAGGAUGCUGUGGAUUUGUUGUCAUGACAAUUUUAUCUCCAACAAAGAUGGAGCAUUUAGCUUUGCUGUAUUUCGGAGGAUUAUCUGCUAGUUUUCUCUAUACUGGAGGAUUGGGAUUAAAAUAUGUUGCAUUAGGAGAUAUUCUUAUUUUUAUUUCUUUUGGACCAAUUACAGUAUUAUUUGCCUUUCUAGCACAAGGUGGUGAAUUGAGUCUUCUACCUAUGGCAUAUGCUAUUCCUGUAGCUCUAAACACCGAAGCCAUUCUGCAUAGUAACAAUGUUCGGGACUUUGAAUCUGAUAAGGCUGCAGGGAUUGUCACACUCCCGAUACUUAUAGGAAAAACAGCAUCGUAUGUUGUGUUUGCUUUACUGAUAUUUGGACCUCCAGCAAUUUUUGCUGUUAUGACUGUAAAAUUUAAUCCUUGGUGUUUUUUACCAACUUUAACAAUGUUGAUGGCCUUGAAAGCAGAAAAAAUGUUCAGAACUGGUAAAUUAGCACUAUUGCCUCAUUAUAUAGCACAAAUGAACCUGAUCUUAGGGUUCUUAUAUAUUGUUGCGAUAUACAUGUCAAGCAGUGCACAAUUACCUGGUUUUUAACAGUAGAGCAUAUUGCUCUCUUUGAUCAAUAAAAAUGCUCAUUAUAUCUAGUUGAUAACAUCAAAACUAUUUUUCGCAAAAUUGUUGAGAUCUAUCAGGUUGCCUCAAAUAUCAAGAGUGAAUGCAAGUUCCAAACAAGAUCUGAAUAUAACUCAAAUCUUAAGGUGCUUUGAUUUGCCAAAUUUUGUAUAUGCACAAGGUAUAAGCCCUAUAACAGUAUAAGUAAACAUAAAACUAGUUUAUAUUUAAGAUUCAUUGAGAUAUAAUGUGACAAUAUUAGUUCUCUCCCCUCGUUUCUUUCUUAACAGGCUGUAAAAUCCUAAUUUCACCCUCUUGCUCAAAACACCUAUAAUAUUUCAUUAUUUUGACAGGGUGUAAUUUUAACAUAAUGACAUGUAAUUUCAUGGGCAUUCAUCUGAUAGAAUGUCAAUGGUAAUUUCCAUUAGGGUACUUCACCCAGUUGAUCUUCUGCUAGGGAAUUCACCUUCAUCCAAUACUUAGUAGUGUUAUAGGUAAAUUACAUGCGGGAAUAUAAUUGAUAUCUGAGUUGAGCGGGUGAUAUAUAUAUUUAUC